AUGGGACCGUCGAAGAAGAAAACUCGAGCACCCUCUUCGUCUGGAACAGACCAACAAGCCGCAUUACAAAGCUUUGAGCCAUUGAUGGGCCCUGGAUAUCCCGCUGGACCCUAUUAUCAAUUCAAUGAGCCGCAUCCAGCUUCGAUCGCUGAGCUAGGAGAUCAAGGAUACAGAUCUGAGCUCUCGAGCGAUACACCUUAUUAUGCAAAUCCGUUUAGAGCUCAUAUGCCACCGUUAUCAGGUCAUCCACGUGUACAGGAAUUGUGUGCAACACAGUGUUAUAGCCCCCCGACUGGAUACCCAACUGGCGGACCUUUUUCGCAACAGCAUUACGGCCAUCCGGGUAGCUAUGCAUCUUUUGAGCCUCUUCCAGUAGCACCUCUUGAACAGCCGUAUCUGCGUUCCUGGCCACCACCUGUGCGCUUCGGCAGUGAUCAUGCAACUGGAGCAGUUCCUCCCACGAUAUCUUCACCCUAUACCAGCUAUAUCGAGGAAAGAGGAGAUUCAGGCUUUUACGAUGCGUUUUCCUAUACCACUCCUAGGCAACAGUUUGAGAGCAAUGAUCCCUCUCCCAAGCCUCACGAGUAUUACGGGAAUGAGCUACAGGUACAUGAAACAUCAACGGAAGGAAUAAUAACUAGAGGUAGCCGGCCGGGGAGAGUAACAUCAAAGUACUAUAAUGAUUACAGGACGCCUAAUCCUUGGCUGGAUCCCCCGCCUGCACCAAUCUCAAACGCUGUUCGUUCUUUGUCGGAUUUUCUUCCUCGCCCGCCCGUGCCGUCAACAUUGGAUAAUUUUGCUCCUGAAAGCAUUCGAAACACAACCCAUCGUCGAAAUACUAUCAGUCCAAGAGUCCGACCGGGAAUCGAUCCCAUCAUUAAUCAAGCUCGCACUCUUUCUGAUCAACCGUCCGACAAGAAGCCUGCGCUUGAAACACAACCAACCAGCACCAUAAAGGACACCACAACAGACGGGAUUCCGCAGGGAGCACGAUGGACAAAAAUCAGCCGUAGAUUGGUUAAUUCAGCAGCCUUGAGAGAAGGCAAAGAAAGAUUUGAGGAGAGGGAUGACUACUUCAUUGUGCUGCGAGUAUUGACAAAAGAAGAGAUCCGAGAAUAUGCGGAUAAAACUGCGAAGAUUCGAGGUAGGCUCCCUUCUUAA